AUGCUAGUCUCGCUCGUUACGUGUAUAAAAAAAAUUAUACAACGAGUAUUUACACGCACGUACGUUAUGUACAAAACACGUAAACCCAAACACACAACACACACACACACAGGUGUGUGUGUGCGUAUAUGUGUAUAUAGGUUAAUACGUUGCUUUCGCAUUUUAAGAUGUCGCGUUUGUAUAAAUAUACACACGCGUUGGCAUCCAACGCGCUCUGACAUUUUCAUAAUGCUGUCGCAUAAUGAAAACCGAGCAGUCUUUGAAAUUGAUACGACCCUCAGCCAGGAGUGGUCCGGGAACGAGUAUCCGAGGACCGCAAUGUGCGUUCGAAAUGUCGAUGUUCAUGUGUCCUGCAGUUCACAAGUUGACGCGCAAUUAGCUGCGUUCUUCAUCGACCCACGAGCCAAGUGA